CACACCGGCCAGUUCAGAGGACCCUCUGCAACAAGAAGGAAACUAACAAUCAUCACCUUUCUGACUGUAUCUUUUUGACACUUUGUAGCGAAGGACGAUCUUUCUUUUUUUUCUUCCUUUCUCACACCUCUUUGGAAAUGAAGGAAAUAUUCACUCCAGACUGAGAAGGCGCGCUUAUUUAUUAAUUUUAGCCGUACUUUGUUGAGUUACAAAGUUAUACCGCUUUCAGUUCAUUCCCUGCUUUGGUGUGACAUCCUCACAAUGACCGAGAACAAACACCCGCACGUUAUUUUCUGCAACGACUCUCCCAAACGAGUUCUGGUGUCUGUCAUUAAGACCACACCGAUCAAACCGAGGAAGGCUGAGGCCCUGACACCUACAAGCCCCGGGUUUAGCGACUUCAUGGUCUACCCGUGGAAAUGGGGGGAGAACGCCCACAAUGUGACACUCAGCCCUGGAUCUGUAAGCGGGGCUUCUUCACCUACCGGGACCCAGACAGCGAGGGAGGCGGACACGGCUCCUUCACCUGAUCAGGUCGGGGAUGGAAUCCGCAGAGGGCGUCCACGGGCUGACACUGUCCGAGAGCUCAUAAGCGAGGGGGAGACAUCAUCCAGCCGGAUCCGCUGUAACAUCUGCAACCGAGUCUUUCCCAGAGAGAAGUCCCUGCAGGCUCACAAGAGGACACACACUGGAGAAAGGCCCUACCUGUGUGACUACCCAAACUGUGGGAAGGCAUUUGUCCAGAGUGGUCAGCUGAAAACGCACCAAAGGCUGCACACUGGAGAAAAACCCUUUGUCUGCUCUGAGAAAGGAUGUGGCAAUCGGUUCACUCAUGCUAACCGUCACUGUCCCAACCAUCCCUUCUCUCGUCUGAAGAGAGAGGAACCAAAGGAGGGUCAGGGCAAGGCCCAGUCUGUGGAUAAUAAGGCUGUAGCAGAGUGGCUGGCCAAGUACUGGCAGACCCGUGAGCAGCGUGCCCCUACCACCACCAAGCUGAAGGCUCAGGGGAAAGCAAGAACAGAAGACCAAGAGCAGCAGGAUCCCAUGGAGUUUCUCCACUCUGAUGAAGAGAACGGGGAAGAGGACGAGCCCAUGGAGGAGGAGAAGGGCAGCCAGGGAGGAGGAGGAGGAGGAGGUGCCGCGAAGCGCCGCCUACAGGAGCAACGAGAGCGUCUCCACGGCGCUCUGGCACUCAUAGAGCUGGCCAACAACCUGUCUCCCUAAACACCCACUCACUCCAUGAUCCCGGACUCCCCCUUCCCCUUCCCCGUCCCUCAUACCUCCAUCCCCAACCCGCCUUCCUGCAGUGUGCUGUAGCUACAAAAUGUUCAUAAAUGCAGAUCGAUGACUAGUUUAGACUAUUCCAAUCAAGUUGCGAAACCAGACUUUGAGAAAGAGCUGAAUUGGCCUGAGAUCAGUGUUAAUGCACGACCACCAUCUACACCCCCCACCCACAGCAGCAGGAAGGCACAAGCUAAAGCACCUUAUUCAGCUUCCAUUUUAUCCUUUUAGGCUGCUAUAAUUGUAGAUUUGACAACAUGAAGAAUGUCUCGCUUUCUUCUGUCUUCUAAAGGCAAAGAAAGUGUACCUAUUAUGUUUUGAUCUGUUUUGUUUGCACUUUGAUGGUAACGAGUUUUUUUUAAAAGUAUAUUAUGAGUGUGUAUGACUGAUGUAUAUAUGGAUUAAGCUCAGAUGGACAGAAUGAUACAGGGUGUGGUCAUACAUAGAAAUUAUUAAGUUGUGUUCCAACUGUCUGAUGUCUCGCAGGUUUCAUCUCCGGCAUUGUUAAGCACAGCAUCACUGCCACGUGUGACAGCAGUGGCUGUAGGAAUGACUGAGACAGGUUCCGACAGACUGAGAUUUGAUGUUCACCUACUCGGCACUCUCUAAGGAGUAUAUGCAUAGGUGGAAGACAGGAGAGAGAAAAUAAAUGUCAGGGUAGCUGGAUCAGUUUGGCAUGUAACAUAGUCGUUUUUUUUAUAUAUAUAUUGAAAUUAGAGGUGAUCAUUGCAAGCCUAAUCCAAAGGUCUGGUUAUAGUCACAACAAACCCCAAACUUGAACACAUUCAGCACUUAUCUCUGCAUCUACAGAACUUCCCAAGGCCAUAGGAAGAGUUGAAUCCUUAAAUUGGUAUUGAUUUUUUGGUUUUAAGUACCAAAAAAGCACUGCAGGCAAAUUUGCACAUUAUUUGUGCUAAUUAGAUUGUGUCUCUCUUUCACUCAGCUUUCUGUGAAAAAUGGCUUAUCUGUAGUUUUUUUUUUUUCCUUGAUUCUAUAAAUCAUUAGUAACAUUGUAUUGUUUUAGAACAGGUGAUAUCAAAAAUGAUUUAAGUUAUGACAUUUGAACAAGCUUACUGUCCAGGCAUCAUAGUAGUAUAUGUCAUCUCAUUUUCAAAGGCUAAGUUAUGACAUACAUUUGUGUUUAUCCAUAUCUUUGGUUAACAUGUCUCUAAGCGUAUAGUUAUACAUCCUGUUGAUUGCAGUUGAGCACUUAAGUCUUGGAUUACGCUUGCAAUGCACUGAAGGUUAAAUUAGUCAUUCAGUACUUUUCCAGACAAUAUGGCACCCGGGUUUCAGAAACUGGUUUGUGUAGUGCUGGGUGCUCUUUCUUUAAUUUUAAAGCAACACUACAUCUUUUCAACACUGUAUAAAGCCUCUCAUAACUUCCCUGCCCCUGGUUGCUUUUGGGACACCUGCACCAAUAACCUAUCAGUCAAGCUAUGUUUGAAUCUGUCUUAAUUUACAAAUGACCCUUGUGGAGUUCAAGUGAAACUGGAAGGCAAGUUUAAUGUUGAUAAUCAAAACACCAAAUGAUUUAUUGUACCCAAUCAUAGUAUAUUUUGAAGCAUUUCUAACCCGUAGUCUAUUUUGUGGUUUGACAAGAGUAUGGCAUUUAAUAUAUAAACAUUGUGUUUGUUAGAAUAUGGAGUGUGCACAAUUUGUGGAGAGCUUUUGAAGUUGAAUUUUAGUUUCAGUUUUGUCCCUCUAAUAAUAUCCUCCCAACAGUUGUUGUUUGUGACAUGUGUAGAGCUUGCUUGGUAGACAUUUAUUCCACAUUUCAAAGAUUUCUCUGACAGACUGUCCACACUGUUCUAAGAUGGCUGGUUUUCAAUAAACAUUCACUGAACCUGACAAAAAAAAA